GUCUUAUUUCCCUUCCUUUUUUCCUCUUAUCUCUCACACAUUUAUGAAUAACCUCUCUCAACUACCAACCGGUCAUCCACCGCCUAUGACCAAUCGAAUCAAUAAUCGGGUGCCCAAUAUAAUAUCCAAUAAUCAUCCUAACGAAGAAGAUGACUCGGAUGAUGAUAGCAAGCCGGAAAAACGCUCGGGACGACGAAAGAUCAAGAUCGAGUUUAUUGAAGACAAAUCGAGACGUCACAUCACAUUCUCUAAACGGAAAGCUGGCAUAAUGAAAAAAGCGUAUGAACUGAGUACACUAACGGGAACACAAGUAUUGUUACUGGUGGUAUCGGAAACUGGACUUGUUUAUACAUUCACGACGCCCAAGUUGCAACCACUGGUUACCAAACCUGAAGGCAAGAAUCUUAUCCAAGCUUGUUUAAAUGCACCCGACACCCCACCUACAGACGUAAUUUCGCCGCGCCCCACCCAUUCAAACCACACGACCAAAAGUAACACAACAGCAUCUGAGCCUGUGGGUAAAUCCCUGUAUAACCAAGAUAUGUAUGAUAGAAAGCGUCAAUCCAGUGAAAAUUCUGUUGCAGGGUAUGGCGGUGUCCCCAUCCCGAACUAUCCACAACCGCAGCCAUCCUACGAACCAGCAAAUUAUAUGAAUCAACAGGGUGUGGGUGCUUAUCCUGCUUACAGCACCGCUCAGCCAACCAGUUCGGCGUAUUAUCCUUCCUCCACCAAUCAAGGCCAUCCGCAGUAUAUGCCGCAGGGCGGCAAUCCCAAUUAUUGGGCGCAGCAAAAAAAAUAGUAGUAUGAUCUUUAUCAUUUAUAUUCUUACAUCUUCUCAAGCGAAACACAAGACAGAAGAAAAGGAAUAAAGGAUUAAUCGGAUCCCUUAUGUGUUUGUUUUUGUUUUUAUCAAACGUGUACUUUUUUCUGGCUUGCCUUGAUGGCGACGUUCGGACCAGAAUCGUGCUGUGGUCUUUGCUUUUUGGCGGACAUUCAAUAUCCGCCCCGUCUCGGUCAUAGUCAUGAAAAGGAUAGGUCAUUGGCAUUGGAUCUUGAUUUGGUGUCUGGAAAAGAAAUAUUGAAAUAAUAAAAUGCAAUACAACCGUUACCAAAAACAACUUUUCGCAUGUGACAGAUCAAACUUGACAAGUCUUGGUCCGUCCGGGGAAGAAAAAAGAUCACACAGCGAAGCUUCAAAUUCGUCACAGGGCACUUGUUGGAUAAAAAAUAAAAAAUUGCGCAAAGAAAAUUGCAACGGAAUGAUGAAAAAUAUGACAGUUCUAAA